AUGAUCAAAGGGUUGCUUUGGUACCAAGGGGAGAGCGACACGUCUAAGCAGUAUGAUGCGGACGCGUACCGUGGGAACAUGACGAAGCUUAUUGAGAAUGUGCGCGAGGGUCUUGGUUUGCCUUCGCUUCCAAUUAUCCAGGUUCGUGAGCUGACUAGUUUUAACUGUUUUGUCCGGAGACAACAAGUAUAUGGAGAAAGUGAGGGAGGACCAAUUGGGAAUGGAAAUCCCAAAUGUUUGUGUGUGUUGAUUGAUGCUAAGGGAUUGGAGCUCAAAGAUGAUCAUCUGCACCUCACCUCCAAGUCCCAGGUUCAGCUGGGGCCCAUGUUGGCUGAUGCAUACCUCCAGCGUUUUGGACCCUCAGAACCCGAUUCUCAUGCUGCCAUUUGA